CAAAACGCUCUCAGCGAUUCUGCUGCUAAGGUCAUGGUUGAACUCUUGGGAAGCUACACGGAAGACAAUGCCUCCCAGGCGCGGGUUGAUGCACACAGAUGCAUUGUACGAGCAUUAAAGGAUCCAAAAGCAUUUCUUCUUGACCACCUUCUUUCCCUAAAACCUGUUAAAUUCUUGGAAGGAGAACUUAUUCAUGAUCUUUUAACUAUCUUUGUGAGUGCCAAGUUAUCAUCCUAUCUCCGGUUCUACCAGAAUAACAAAGACUUCAUUGACUCUCUUGGACUUUCACAUGAACAGAACAUGGCAAAAAUGAGACUUCUUACGUUUAUGGGAAUGGCUGUGGAAACGAAAGAGAUUUAUUUCGAUACUAUACAACAAGAACUGCAAAUUGGAGCUGAUGAUGUUGAAGCGUUCGUUAUUGAUGCUGUGAAAACAAAGAUGGUCUACUGCAAAAUCGACCAGACGCAAAGAAAAGUAGUUAUCAGCCAUAGUACACACCGAACAUUUGGAAAGCAGCAGUGGCAACAGCUUUAUGACACACUAAAUGCCUGGAAACAGAAUUUAAACAAAGUGAAAACAAGCCUUUACAGUAUUUCAGAAGCUUGA